AUGGCUCAGACCGUGGCUGAGACUGGGCUCGAGUGCGCGGUCCUUCCGCCCCGGGCCGCCGACUACAAGCGAUGUGCUGGCCUGGGGGAUCCGCUGGAGGCCUCGAGGUCCAAGGCACUACGUGCGCAGGCCAAUGCCCGCCGCAACUCAAAGGCACUGGCUAGAUCGCUGGCCAUGGCCGCGUACUGUGAUGAUGACGACGAGAGCGAGCUGGACGAUGCCGACGAUGAGCGUGAGGGCUGGUGCGGUAAUGGUUCGGGCGGGGCUGGUCCGAGCCAAGGCUACGGCGUGGGCCCAGCCGAGCCGGCGUCCUGGGCGCUCCCUCUUGCCCCUGAUGGCGAGGUUGACCCGCUGGGGCUCACCACUGACUGCGAUGGCUGGAUCGACGCCGAUGCUGACGCUGACGCCGAUGGAGUCUCUGGCGUCUUUCAUGACGAGGCAGUGCUGGCCGCUGAGGCUGAGGCUGCGACGAGCGUGGCGUUUAUGGAAGAGCGGAGUGCGGUGGCAGAGGCCAAUGCGAAGCGUCGCAACAAUGCACGGCGCAUCGACUUCCGCAAGCAGAUCAUGACCGGCGAGUAUAUGGAGGGCGUGCCAAGCGACUUUCCAGAUGCUUGGCUGGUGGUUCCUGUGCCAGCCGGCAUGCGGCGGCUCCUGGUCUCGAACCGUGGCACUACCGUGGCUCGCAACCGGUGGGGCCGCGCCGUUGACUCGUUCCCGUCGCGGCUGCCCGGCGGCUCGCGGGCGGCGCGCAGGGUCCGCGACAAGUACUGCAUCCUCGACUGCGUAUUUGUGCCCGACCAGGCCGAGGCCGAAGCCGGCAGCGGCGCUACCAUCGGCACCUACUACGUGCUCGACGUGCUUUGCUGGAAGGGCCAGCCUCUGUAUGAGACCGGCGCCGAGUUCCGCGCGUUCUGGCGGACGUCGCGGCUGAUGGAGAUUUCCGGACUGGAGAGUGUCCAUCCGACCGCCAAUCGCCACGCCAUCGUCAAUUUGGGUCCGUAUCCGUGCGACGCACACGGCCUUGCCGCCGCCGUCGAGUCCGGCGACCUGACACUCGACGGCCUACUACUCUUCCACAAGGAAGGCCACUACGCACCGGGCACCCGAUCGCCGCUUGUUCUCUGGCUUGAGGCGCAUUUGCUCCCCUCGUUCCUCAGCGAAGUGGCAAGGUAA